AUGAAUCAAUCACUUACAAAGAACGACAUUUUAAGAUUAAUAAAACAACGUGAUAAGUCAAUUGUUUUUCGUAAACCGAAGAAAUCUUCAAAAUCAUCUCCAGUAUGGGAACAUUUUUGUAUUAUUGUUGUAAAUGAUAUUGAACAAGGAUUUGUUUGUUGUGAUCACUGCAAAGAGUUGUUAGUUUAUCGUCAACGUGAUGGUACAACGUCUAUGGCAAAACAUAAACGUUCAUGUCAUGCUAGUUUAACAAGUUCAAGUAGCUGUUCAGAUGGUCAAUUAUCAGUUACACAAUAUUUCACAUCGUCUAAAAGUUCUAAUGUACCAAAAGGAAUUAAAGAUAAAAUCAAAUUGGCUUGUACUGAAUUUACAGCAUUAGAUUGCCGAGCUUUUGAAUUAGUUACAGGUGAAGGAUUUUUAAAAAUGGCACAAAGUAUAUUUGAUGCUGGGCGAUAUUUUAGUCAUUUAUCGAACAUCAAUGUUAAAGAGUUAAUUCCAUCACCAAUUACAAUUAGCCGCAAUAUAGAUCGUUUAUAUGAAGAGAAGAAAGUUGAUUUAUUAAACUUAUGUUCCAGUAUGACAAGUUAUUGUAUUAUAUGUGAUUUUUGGACAGAAAAAUUUACUGGCCUUUCUUAUUGUGGUUUGGCAUUACGCCAUGUUACAAAAGAUUUCAAAUUAUUAAACUUUAUUCUUGGAUGCUUUUUAUUUGAUUCAGAAUCGCAGUCAGCUAGCAAUAUUCGUGCAUUCGUUGAUUCACAAUUAUUAUCAUUUGGAUUGGUUUUAAAUAGUAACAUUUUUGUUGUCACAGACAACGAGAACAAAAUGCGAGCUGCAUUUAAAGAACGAUGUAUUCGUGUAGGAUGUUCUAUUCACUUUGUAAACAAACAAUUAGAACACUCAUUCACAUCACUUGAAAUUGAUAAACAACCUGUUAAAUGUGAUAAAGCACAAAAUCUUUUUGGUAAUGCAAAACGAAUUGUUACACAUAAGUUUUUUUUUUAUGUUUAUGAUGAAUUAGCUGGUGUUAUAAAUAAAAAUCUAAUCGAUUCUUUAGGUGCUAUUGAUAAAGAUUUAUUAGAAGAAUUAUGUGGUUUUCUGAAACUUUUCGAUCAAGCUAUUAUUCAAUUAAGUGAUGAAGAUAAACCAACUAUACAUCAAGUUAUUCCGAUUCGACAGUUAUUAAUUAAUCAUUGUGGAAUUAAAUAUGAUGAUAGUGAUGGACUUAAAGAAGUGAAACAUUUUCUUGGUGAACGUAUAAAAUCAAUAUGGAUUCCUCAAGAUCAACAUUAUAUGUCCACCUUACUUCAUCCUUCAUUGAAACACUUUCAUAUAGCACCACAUGAAAAAAAUAAAGCAAUUAAAUUAGUCAAACAACAGUUGUUGAAACGUACAUCAAUACCAGUAGUUGUUGCUGCUACUGAUUCACAAACAGGAACAUCAACUACAUCAAGCACAUUUAAUACAUCAACAGCUGUUCCUUCGAAUGAUUUGUUAGGUCGUUGUUUUGAUCAAACUCAACCUGUUGUUAAACUAGCAAAUGAAUUAGAUGAUUAUAUGUUAUUAGAAACACAACUUCAUGAAACAGACGAUGUGCUUUUUUUCUGGAGAGAAAAUGCUAAAAAAUUUCCAGUACUAUCAUCAAUUGUACGUGAUAUAUUCUCUAUACCUGCUUCUAAUACAAGUGUAGAGAGGUUAUUUUCUUCAUCGAAAAAUACUGUUACUGAUAGAAGAACCAGUCUAGCCGCUGAAAAAGUUAAUAAAUUGUUGUUCCUUCAAAAGAAUCUCUUUUCCUUAGCACAAAUAAAUGAAAAAAUACAGAUGCAAAAACAAGAACAGUCGAAAAGAAGAUUAUCAACAGUUGAUGAUGAACAGAUGUUAGUCUUCAAAAACAGAGAAGAUUCAACUUCAACAACAUCAAUAAAAAAAAUUAAGAAAACUGAUAGUUGUGAUUUUUCAUCUGAUGAUAACUAAGAUAUUAUCAACAAUAUCAUUGAAUGAAAUGAAACAUUGUUUGCUUUAUAUAUUUAUAAUGAUUAAGAGAUUUAGAUAUUGUGUUCAACAAGUUCUAUUGUUUUUUUUUCUAUUUUUUAUAAGUUAAUUUAUAAUUACUUUUUGAAUAAAAUGAACGACAACUCAAAACAUAUUUUAAAAAAGUCAUUAUUUGUAUGAAAUCACUUUUUUGAACCCGGAUCCGGUUAUAACAAACUUCCAGACCCGGAACCGGACCCGAAUAUAAAAAAUUUUCAGACCCGAACCCGGACCCGAUUAUAAAAAAUCUUCAGACCCGGACCCGGACCCGGACCCGAGCGGGUCCGGGUCCGGGUCCUACCCGACGGGCUCUAGUGGCCAGUCGAUUACGAACACUCAUGUGCAAUCAUGCAUGAAAUACGCAAGGAUUUCAAUAUGCAAUACGCAAGGAUUUCAAUAUGCAAUUGUACAAUCGACAAAUCAAGU